ACUACUACUACUUCUUGUUCUUAUUCUCCUACUCCGACGAGUUCCAAUGCUCCUGGCAUCACUACCACGAUCAUUGCAAGAUGUUAGAAAACAAAUACGAGUAGUGGACAAAUUGGCCAUCCAACCAGGUCUUGUGAUUGACGACGUGCAUCCAUAAUUGGGAGUGAUAAUGUGAACUCGCCCGAUCUCAACGAGAAACUCCAACCAACAUAGUACCAACGAGUGAGUGUGCUAGGAGUGAGUCGAAGUAGCAUCGACGUUAUCAUCGUCCUCAUCACCAUGACAAAGACGGUCUUUUUCACCCCCAUCGUGAACAUCGUGUUGUGUCUUCAUUUGUUCUUCGCGCUGGGCAGUGCUUCACUCGAAAACUGGAUGAGCUUGGGUAUAUCAGGCGCCAACUACCUGAGCACAGAGACCCUACUAUUGGGAACAACUCUUCCGAUAUGUCAGCAAAUAACUGGCUUGUCUCGAGGGCAACAGAAGCUCUGCAUGUUAUACACGGAUCACAUGAAGCACGUGGGACGAGGAGCGCGGCAGGGAAUCGCCGAAUGCCAAUACCAAUUCCAACAUCAAAGGUGGAAUUGCUCAACCGUAGAUGACUCAACCGUCUUCGGACCAAUUCUAUCCAUCUCCUCAAAGGAAGCCGCAUUUGCGAAUGGAGUCACCUCUGCCGGAGUGGUCUACAGUAUCGCCAGAGGCUGCCGAGAUGGGCAAUUGGACUCCUGUGGAUGCUCGUCCACCUCCCGACCUCAGGACAUGACAGAAGAAUGGGGAUGGGGAGGAUGUGGCGACAACAUUCACUAUGGCUACAAGUUUUCAAAAAAUUUCAUCGACAUACGAGAGCAUGAAACGAGAGAAGUGAGUGGAUCCGAUUCCCACGGCCGUCAAUUGAUGAAUAUACACAACAAUGAGGCUGGUCGAAGGGCCGUGGUAAAGAACAUGAAAGUUACUUGUAAAUGUCAUGGAGUCAGCGGAUCUUGCUCCUUGGUUACUUGUUGGCAUCAGUUGUCCAACUUCCGAGUAGUUGGGGAUUUCCUCCAAAAGCGCUACAAGUCGGCAACUCGAGUGAAGAUUACUCGCCGAGGUCGAUUGCGCGUGAAAUCGUCUCGGGCGGACAUUCCCACGGCCACGGAUCUCGUGUACCUGGAGCCAUCUCCAGACUAUUGUAUGAAAAACGAUUCGAUCGGAACAUUUGGCACACACGGAAGAACAUGUCACGCGACUGCACGAGGAUCUCAAAAUUGCCAAUACAUGUGUUGUGACCGUGGCCAUUCUUCGGUCUCGACCGUGAUUCAGGAGCGAUGUCAAUGCAAGUUCCAUUGGUGUUGCCACGUCGAAUGUCAAACGUGCGAUCAAAAAGUUCAAAUGUCGGUAUGUCACUGAUAAUGUUUCUCCACUACAGUGACUGUGUGCUGCACUUAAUGUUGCUCAGAUUUAUACAAAUAAAAUGAAUGCUGGUGUAAACGCAUUAUUUC